CCACUUUUUAAAGAAAAUCGUCAGAAACCCUCCCCUCCCUCUCUCUCUCUGAAGAAAACCCCCCAAACCCUCGCCAGUCGCCACCCCCCUCCUCGUUUCUCUCUCCUCAUUUGCGCGCCGGCGUUCCGUGGCUGCCGGAUUCCCCUCCUCCGCCGCGCCCCUCCGCCGCCGUCUACGGUUUCGUGGAAGCCCUAUCGAUCACGCCAUGGCUGCCGCUGUUGCUCCUUCCGCAGAUCAAACUUCAGAGCUUCUGCAAUCACUGUCUUUAGAAUCUCAGAACAAAACAGUGGAGCUUCCAGAGCCAACCAAGAAGGCGUCUGUUGAUUCAUCCAAUGUUGGUAAAGGCCAAAACCAGCCAGGAUAUGAAGGAACUGCCAAUGAGUGGGAUGGAUACACAAGAUAUGUGAAUGCAGAAGGAGUUGAGAUGCCUGGAGUGUAUGGGGACAACGGGUCACUUGUGUACCAACACGUGUAUGGUUACAAUCCUUAUGCGCCAUACUCACCUGCUACUUCCCCUGUCCCGACAGUUGGACAUGAUGGUCAGUUAUAUGGUGCUCAACAUUACCAGUACCCUACUCCAUAUUUCCAACCUUUGACGAGUAGUCCUUACCCAACAUCGACUGCCUUUGCCAAAGGUGAGAUUCCCAUAUCUGCUGCUGCUGAUCAAGCACCUUUGACUGUGGAUUCUGCCAAUGCUAAUUCUAAUGGUAAUGAAAAUGGUGGAGGCGCAAAGGGAAAUGCUGGUCCAGCUCCUUUGAGACCAGCAUACAACGCUGCUUACAAUGUGAAUGGGUCAUAUGGGAGGGGUACCAUGCCCGUGGGAGUUGCAUCUGGUUAUCAGGACCCAAGAUUUGCUUAUGACGGGCUACAUUCUCCCAUCCCGUGGUCAGAUACUACUUUUUCUGAUGGACAUUCUAGACCAGCAAACAAUUCUACCUUCACACCAUCAAGCAGAAAUGGUAUUCCAUCAUCAAGGAAUCAAAAUACUUAUCAAAUGGGAUUGCCCAAUUCCAGGCCCUUGUCUGGUGCAAAUGCAAAUUAUUCAAGUAAUGCAUAUAUGAACAGAAUGUAUUCAAACAAUUUCUACAGUCAGUAUGGUAACACCUAUGGCUCUCCCCUUGUCUAUGGAUCUAAUGGUUAUCAAUCACGCACAAACAAUCGAGGAUGGUUGUCUGCGGAUAACAAAUUCAAACCCAGGGGUCGAGGAAGUGGUUAUUAUGGUUUUGACAAUGAGAACCUGGACGGUCUGAAUGAGCUGAACCGUGGACCAAGAUCAAAAGGCUCCAAAACCCAGAAGAGCUUUGUACCAGUUGCUCUGGCUGUUAAAGGGCAGCAAAUUCCUCUAGCUGUGUCAAAUGACAAUGAAAAAGACAAAGAAAACACAUGUCUUGUUCCCGAUAGAGAGCAAUACAAUAAACCUGAUUUUCCUGAGACCUAUUCUGAUGCAAAGUUUUUUGUUAUCAAGUCGUACAGUGAAGAUGAUGUUCACAAAAGUGUCAAAUAUAAUGUGUGGGCUAGCACGCCUAAUGGUAACAAGAAGCUUGAUGAAGCUUAUCGCGAGGCUCAGCAGAAAUCUGAGGCCUGCCCUGUUUUCCUUUUCUUCUCGGUAAAUACAAGUGGACAGUUUGUUGGCAUGGCAGAGAUGGUGGGUUCGGUUGAUUUCAACAAAAAGUUGGAGUAUUGGCAGCAGGACAAGUGGAUGGGAUGUUUCCCUGUUAAGUGGCACAUAGUGAAGGACAUCCCGAACAGCUUGUUGAAGCAUAUCACCCUGGAAUACAAUGAGAACAAACCUGUCACGAACAGUAGGGACACUCAGGAGAUUAAAUUGGAGCAGGGUUUGCAAAUGAUCAAGAUAUUUAAGGACCACACUAGCAAACAGUGUAUCCUUGAUGAUUUUGAGUUUUAUGAGGAUCGUCAGAAGAGGAUUCAGGAUAAAAAAGCCAAGCAACAGCUGUUUCAGAAGCAGGUUAUUUUGGCGUGUGAAGGAAAACAACCAGAAGUGAAAAAGGAAGAAACUACUAAUGGGGAACUGAAAUCUCAAAAGCCAUCCGAAGCAGCAGCAGCAGCCACAACAACUGCAUGUGAACCUGCUACCAAGAAAGCAACUCCUAUAGCUCAGAGUAACGGGGACGACAAGCCUGCAGAAAAUGGUUCCGUUGCCAAUCCAGGAGACGUUUCAGGCGCUGCUGACGAUAUCACACCAUCAGAGAACAAAACUGGCACGACAGACAGCUCCUAGGUCACCUACCCCAAAAAUAGGGUUGGCCCGGGUUUUGACGAGUUUCUAAAAUGCAAAUUUUAGAAGAAUUUCAGGUGAGGAGAAGAUGCAAAAUUUUCUUGGUUGGUCACACCCUCUGCUUGAGCACAUAGUUCUAAAAUGCUGAAAAAAGUCCGGCUUUAUCGAGCAUGGAAAAGACACGGUUCUCGUGGUUUUCCCUUGCGGUGAAUGGGGUUUGCUGCUUAGCUUCUUCUAACUGGUGUCUGGUGAUCAAUAGGGUUUGGGUAUUUAGAGGUUCUUUUUUUUUCUCCUUUCUGUCUUCAUUUAUUAUUAUAAUUAGUAUUAUUAUCGUUAUUGUCCAGGAGCCUUUGUUUUCUUUCUUUUUUUUUCUUUGAUCUUUUCUGGGAAUCCUUUUAUGUUUCUAUAUUGUUUUUACUUUUCAGUUUCUGAGUUUUGUUUUGUCCUUUUUUUAAAGUUUCUCAAAAAUGGUUGGGAAUCAAUCUUCUUGUAGAGGAUCCUUUGUGUUGCAAGAUGGAAUUGUUGUCCUAACUUUCUAGCAUCGCAGUAUUAGUGUUUUAUUUUCAAGCAAAUCUGGGUUUCCCUUAUGCUAUUGAAAAUCUGAAAAAUGUUCAAAGUCACAAGUAUUUUGGUCUCAAGUUACACAAGCUUGUCAUUUGUGUGCACAUCAAGUGAAUAAAUUUUUUUACUUAUU